AUUACCUCCUCGGUUGUGUCGUCGACAGGCUCGCAAGCAAUGCGCACACGUAUAUAGCGUUUGCCGUCGCUGAUCAAGUGACGUCGUUUCUAAAUCAGGGAAAUCUCGUUGAAAGUGGAAGGAAGAGGAAUUAGGAUGUCGUUGCAGGCGUUCGAUCUCGUUUACGUUAUCGAACAGUUUAUGGUCGAUAGGCCGAAGACGACGAUUGAAUGUAUGGAUUGUUAUGAAGACAGCUUGUACAUUGGGACUUCAGAUUGCUUUGUGAUGCACUACAAGAUACAAGAAACGAUUUCACCAACUGGGAAGAUUCAUUUUCGGAAUGUUGAACAAAGCAGAAAGAGUUUGGGAGCGAAGAAGGCUAUCAGUCAAAUUUUGCUCGCUCCCAUUCUCGGUCGUCUAUUAGUGCUGUUUGAUGGCACUCUCUUUUUGAUGAAAAUGAAUGGACUAGAGUUCAUUGAUUCUGGCUUGCGUCUCAGAAAUGUGACUGCCAUUUGUCGUAACGAAAGUCUCGACUCUUCAACUUACCUAAACUUUGAGGUUUGUGUUGCCGUUGCAAGAAAGAAAGCGAUUUCCAUCUACACUCUAACUGAUGAGAAGAUACUACCGAGCAGAGAAGUAACACUCUCGGACAGCAUCGUGCAAAUGGUCCGCGACGGUCCCACUGUUUGUCUCGCAUUAACAGGAGAAUACUGCCUCGUUAACAUUCACACUGAAACGAAAAGUGAGAUUUGCCCGUUGAAUACGGAAAUGUAUCGGCCUGUUAUGAAACGUGUUAACACGAGUGAGUUUUUGAUUCGGCAGAAAGAUUUGGGGGUUAUUGUGGAUGAGAAGGGAAUUGCAAAGUAUCAGCCAAUGGAUUGGCGAGGUCUUGAUGUGGUUGGGUUGGCAUAUUCAUUUCCGUAUAUUUUGGCUAUGAGUGGAGAUAAGAUAUCUGUGUACAGCAUGCUUGACAAGGAGAGGAAGCAAACCAUUCCAUUUCAGGGUGGCAAGGUUAUCGGUGACUACAACGAGAAAGUAUACGUUGCUACAGAAAAGCAAGUAUACAUGCUGUCACCAGUUACAUUUGAGAAACAGGUUCAUAGUCUAUUUAGUCAGAGACGACUGUCUGAAGGUCUUCUGUUGGCUCGUGUUGGAUUUGCAUCAUGCCUUGAUGAGGCACAACAAAGACUGAAAAUGCGUCAGUGUGAGCAGCAGGUUGGAUUCGCUUUCUUAGCGGACGGCGAAUUUGAACAAGCUGUUGAUCAUUUCAAGGAAGGAGAGGUUGAUGUGAGAGAGUUGAUUUGCCUUUUUCCUGAUUUGAAACCACAAAACUUCGACUUCCAUUCUGAAGCUCAAGAACGAGGCCUACACAGCUGCUCCGAUAUCAAAACCAUUGUGAAAAAAGACAAGAAAAUGUUGGCAAAUGCGAAGCAUUUCUUGAGAGAUUAUCUGUGUGACGUUCGAACUAAACCUUCUACGUAUGGUAAACGAGAGAUUGUGGACACUGUCUUGUUGAAACUUUAUGCCGAAGAUGACGCGCCUGAGUUGCAAGAGUUUAUAAUGACGGACAAUCACUGCGCUCAGGAGGAAUCGCGAGACUUUCUGUUUGCAAAGCAGAGAUUCUAUGCACUCGGUUUGAUGUAUUGCUACGCAAGCGACGCAUCAAAGGCACUAGAAAUUUGGGUGAAAGUCGUUGACGGAGAGCUGAUCGACGACAGUCACCCGGGGUUUGAGUAUGUAGUUAAAUUCUUGUCCAGUCUUAGUGAUCAUGAAAUUGUACUGAAGUAUGCAAAGUGGGCACUGGACAAGAACCAGGAACUGGCAGCGACGAUCUUCACUAAUCGUCCUGUCAGGGAGAAGUUGGGUGAACAUUUACAUCCGGAAUUUGUUGUUAAUUUUCUUACACCAUAUGUGCUGGCACUGAGGCUGUAUCUGGAGUAUCUCGUCUUUACCAGGAAACUAGAUAGCGAAAAACAUCACACUCAAUUAGCACUCCUCUAUCUCGACGAAGUUCUUCAACUUCGAUCCAACUCCACAGCACCACGCGAGAAACUACAAACGUCAAGACAUCAACUGAAGCGAUUGCUUGAGCAAUCGUCACUCUACAGAGUGUCUGUCCUUCUUUCUCGGCUCAAGGAUACAGACCUACAUGCCGAGUGUGCCAUUCUAUACGGCAAGAUGGGAGAGCACAGGAAGGCACUUGAUUUGUUGGUUCAUCGGGUGAAAGAUUACCGAGCGGCCGAGAAGUAUUGCCAGAUAAAUGCGAUGGGAAAGGAUCGUGGAUACAGACAGAGGUUGUACUUAGAGCUGCUACAGACAUAUUUGCAGCCAGAGGAGAAAGGUCAGAGGCCGCUUACUGCUCCUGCUGUUGACCUUCUUAAUAGUCAUACAGCAGAGUUUGAUGCUGCACAGGUCAUGAAACUCAUACCUGAAGAUUGGUCCAUUGGUGUCAUAUCAGCAUUUCUCACUCACUCGCUUCGCAAGAAUUUGUCUCUCGUGAGGACGACUCGCAUACAACAGGCUCUCGAGCGAGCAACCUAUUCACACAUGUGUCUACAGCACCAACAUAGUAUGGCAACAGUCAAGCCUGUGACCAUUGCACAGGAGAGAGAGUGCCACGUCUGCCGAAAGCCAUUCAACGAUGCCACAGUCGUUCGAUAUCCAAACGGAGUAACAACCCAUCUACACUGCGGCCGAAACAGAGAAGUGUGUCCGGUCACAGGCAAACGCUUCAUUGUCAACAAACCCGAAAGGACGUAGCAACAAACAGCACAACAGCAUGAGUGUGUAUUAAUAAUAUUUCAUACUACCAUGUGAUUUGUCAAUAGAAACAUUUGAUAUUUGGGUGGAUUGUUGCUCGGCUACAUUAUGAGAUAUCCAGAGGCUGCAGGUGGAUGACCAUCGUUGGGAUUGAUUUUUAAGUACUGGUGGGAUCUUCUGAUAUC